UUGACUGACUUUAAUGGUGACUGUUUUUGGAGUUUUUUUGGGAGAAAGGAGAGUCGGAGAUAUUGCUCAUAAAUACAAGUAGCAAACGAAGUAACCUCAAAAAAAAAAAAAAAAACCUCAAAUAUUUAUGGUGUUGCCUCUUCUGAUCGCCUUCUACUCAAUCAGAACGCUUUGACAUCGACAAAAUCAAAUAAAAAUUUGACAAUAGGUUCCAGAUUAUGAGGCCCCAAAAAAUUUGAGGGGUGUGUUGAGCCGGCCUUGAUGAGAGAGGAUGGGUGAGGGAAGAGAGAGAGGAACAUGAGAAUAUAGUUUGUUUGCAGCUCAAAAACAUUCUGGCCUUGUGUGGUUAUUGGGAUUAAAUCAAAAGAAAAGAUAAAAAGAUAGGGAUGGUGGCACUUCUGUUUGAUACGAAGGCACCUUUCUUUGCACUUUCUUGCUUGAAGACCCUGUUUCUGGUGAUUAAUCUUUGUAUCUUUAAUGGAUUGACUUGUACAACUUCAACACCCUUGAGGUUUAAUAGAAAGGGGGCUUUUAAGAUUUUGCAAGUCGCAGACAUGCAUUACGCGGAUGGCAAGAUCACGCCAUGCUUGGAUGUGUUGCCUAAUCAAGUUAAAGGGUGCUCUGAUCUCAACACUACUGUUUUUAUCCAGCGAAUGAUAAAAGCUGAGAAGCCUGAUCUCAUUGUCUUCACUGGUGACAACAUAUUUGGUUCAGAUGCUACUGAUCCAGCAAAAUCAAUGGAUGCUGCAUUUGCUCCUGCAGUAAUGUGCAACAUAUCCUGGGCUGCUGUUCUUGGAAAUCAUGAUCAGGAAUCCACUCUUUCAAGGGAGGGAGUCAUGCAAUAUAUAGUCAACAUGGAACACACCUUAUCUCUGUUGAAUCCGCAUGAUGCUGGGAAAAUUGAUGGAUUUGGAAAUUACAACCUUGAGGUGGCUGGUGUCAACGGUUCACCUUUCCAGAAUAAGUCGGUUCUCAAUCUUUAUUUCCUUGACAGUGGAGACUACUCAACAGUUCCUUCAAUUUCUGGAUAUGGCUGGAUUAAGACCUCUCAACAGUCUUGGUUUCUUCGUACUUCUAGGAGAUUGAAGAAAGCAUAUAUGAACCACCCAGAACCCCAAAAGGACUCUGCUCCUGGCCUUGUGUAUUUCCACAUUCCGUUGCCUGAAUAUGCAAGUUUCGACACAUCAAACUUUACAGGUGUUAAGCAGGAGGGCAUUUCUUCACCAAGCAUAAACUCAGGUUUUUUUACGACCAUGCUUGAAGCAGGUGAUAUCAGAGCAGUUUUUACUGGUCAUGAUCACAAAAAUGAUUUCUGUGGUAAGCUGAUGGAUAUAAAUCUUUGCUAUGCGGGUGGUUUUGGAUACCAUGCCUAUGGGAAGGCUGGUUGGGCUAGGAGGGCAAGAGUGGUGAAGAUAAAUCUGAGAAAGAUUGGUAAAGGGGGCUGGGGUACAGUCAAGUCUAUACAAACAUGGAAGCGUCUUGAUGAUUCAAACCUCACUACUAUUGACACUCGGGUCCUUUGGAGCAAGAGCUCAACUGGAACCCGUAGGAAAAAGCGAAUUGAUGGCGCCUAGGCUUUGAAAGCGAAUGGUUCACAAAAUCUGUUUGUAUACGCAGAUAAUGGCCUUGUAAAGUUGUAAGUGUUCAAAUGGAUAUAGUUACAGGUUUACACUGAACUCUGUGAAACCUCAUCUACGUAUAAUCAUACUUUCUCAAUUCCAAUAAUAUUGCAACAAUGAUGAAAUUAUGCAUCCCAAAGUACAUUUUAUCUGUUGAAUAUCUAUAAUUGUGUAAGAGUAAAAUUAUAGAAAGUUGACAUUGUAAAAGUAUUUUAUGGGACGAA